GUGCCCCCAUGGCACGUGGCCACUCCAGGCGUGAGCUGCAGGAACCAGGAGGAGAAGCUGCUCCAGGACCUCAUGAGCAACUAUAACCGGGACCUGCGUCCAGCCCUGCGUGGGGACCAGAUCCUCGAUGUCACCCUCAAGCUCACCCUCACCAACCUCAUCUCCUUGAAUGAGCGGGAGGAGACCCUCACCACCAACGUCUGGAUUGAGAUGCAAUGGUCUGAUUAUCGUCUGCGGUGGGACCCCGAAAAAUACGACAACAUCCAGCAGCUGCGAGUACCCUCUACCAUGGUCUGGCUGCCUGACAUCGUCCUGGAGAACAACAUCGACGGGACAUUUGAAAUCACUCUCUACACCAACGUGCUGGUGUCCCCCGAUGGCAGUGUUUACUGGCUGCCCCCCGCUAUCUACCGCAGCGCCUGCGUCAUCCACGUCACCUAUUUCCCCUUCGACUGGCAGAACUGCACCAUGGUCUUCCAGUCUCAGACAUACAGUGCCAAUGAAAUCAACCUGCUGCUGACGGUGGAGGAAGGCCAGACCGUGGAGUGGAUCUUCAUUGACCCCGAGGCUUUCACAGAGAACGGUGAAUGGGCCAUCAAACACCGCCCCGCUCGGAAGAUCAUCAAUUCGGAGCAAUUCACCCCAGAUGACAUCCAGUACCAGCAGGUCAUCUUCUACCUCAUCAUCCAGCGCAAGCCGCUCUUCUACGUCAUCAACAUCAUCGUGCCCUGUGUCCUCAUCUCCGCCAUGGCCGUGCUGGUCUACUUUCUGCCUGCCAAAGCGGGUGGGCAGAAAUGCACCGUCUCCAUCAAUGUCCUCCUGGCCCAGACCGUCUUCCUCUUUCUCAUUGCCCAGAAGGUGCCUGAGACCUCCCAGGCUGUGCCUCUCAUCGGGAAGUACCUGACCUUCCUCAUGGUGGUGACGGUGGUGAUCGUGGUUAAUGCUGUUGUCGUCCUCAACAUCUCACUGAGAACACCCAACACUCAUUCCAUGCCUGAGAGAGUGCGCCAGGUGUGCUUGCACCUCCUACCCCGCUACCUGGGCAUGCAUAUGCCCAAGGAGACACCGGGGCCACCACGAGCUGCUCGGAGACGCAGCUCCCUGGGGCUCAUUGUGAAAGCUGACGAGUACAUGCUCUGGAAAGCCCGGACUGAGCUGCUCUUUGAGAAGCAGAAGGAGAGGGACGGGCUGAUGAAAACUGUGCUGGAGAAGAUCGGACGUGGCCUGGAGAGCGGCAGUGCCCAGGACUUCUGCCAGAGCCUCGAGGAGGCAGGCCCCGAGAUCCGCGCCUGCGUGGAUGCCUGCAACCACAUCGCCAACGCCACACGGGAGCAGAAUGACUUCAGCAGUGAGAGUGAAGAGUGGAUCCUGGUGGGACGGGUGAUCGAUCGUGUCUGCUUCUUCAUCAUGGCCUCCCUCUUCGUGUGUGGCACCGUCGGCAUCUUCCUCAUGGCUCACUUCAACCAGGCACCCGCCCUGCCCUUC